UUUCGGGCUGGGAUAUUUUCUGUGAUGGAAGAAUAUUCGGUGUGUCCGAAUCACAGGUAUUCUCUCGGUAUGAAGUGGAGGAGGAGCAGCAUAUUUUGUGGUCAUCCUGACCACAAGGGUAAAUCCAAGCCUGAAUCUGACCGGGCAGUCACGCCUCAGAUAAGCCAUCACCUUUUGAGAACCAGAGGAGUUGUGCUUCCAAUAGGAUCAGGUUUGUGCAGAAAUUGUCGACAGAUUGUUACCAGAGAAAUGGAAGAAUCUAUAUGGCCAAUUUUUGAGAUAUUUGAUGCACCAAAUAGGGCAGAUCCUGUAGAAGAAAACACAGACUUCAAGCCAGAUAGCUUAGUAAAGAAUGAAGAGCCUGAAUUGAAAAGACCACGCAGGGAAAUUGUCAGUUGUUUUGAUACACCAGGACUGUAUGAAGUAUCAUCACAGUCUGAACCAUCAUUGUCACAAGAAUCCAGUUGGAGCCUAACUUCAGAUGGUCAAAAUCAUCUCAACAGCGGAAUACAUGUUUUGAAUAAGCCACUGCAAAAUCUAAGUAGUGGAAACAUGAGUCCUAUCAAAUACAUGCUUCAACAGCCAUUGGAAUGUGUACAAGAUAGUACUAAGAGGUAUGUAAAACGAAAAGCCUCAGAAGCAGUUUGUACAGUGCUUGACCAUAUUGCACCUGGACAGUCAUCAAAACUUCUUGAUCUACUUGUGGACGACAUCUGUAAUAACAAUGCUGUUGACAAGCAAAAUGAGAGCAAAGAUGAAUUGAUGAAUUUGAUAUUGAGAUUGUAUGAUGAAGCUGACAGUAAUGCAUUAAAAAUGCAAUUACUUUCAAUAAUAUCAACCACAUCAUUAAACAGCAAAUCUCAGCUGCUAGAAUUGAUACCUGGAAUAUCAAAAUGGAAAGUUGACCAGAGUAGAGCACAUGCAACACGCUUUGGUGUUGGGACAAUACAAACUGAAAAGACCCCAAACUACAGAAAUAAGAUGGAUCAGGAAAAACUGGAGCAUGCAAUGGCAUUUUUUCUGGAUCCUAAUUUUAUACAAAUUUGUUCCUUUGGAAGUAAGGACUUACAUUUUGAUAAUGGAGAUGUCAUAAAUAUACCCCAAGUAGUACGAACAACUUGUCAUUCUGCACUGAUACAUAUGUAUAAGACAGUAUGUACAGAAGCUGAUUUUACUCCUCUAUCAAACAGUACUCUAUUCAAAAUUUUAACAACUUGUUCAGCAGCAAAACGGUCUAAUUUAUGUGGACUAGAUAAUAUUACUACUGAUGGAACUUUUGCAAUUGAAAAUCUUAUCAGAAUGACAGAAACUCUAAGAGAGUUGGGAUCCAAUAACACAGUACUUUCAUCCCUCAAAACAGCCUUGGCAAAUUUCAAGUUGUAUUUAAAAACAGAGUACAAGUUCCAUGUAACUAUGUCAAAUUCAUGUCAAACCCAUUGCAUCAAGUAUGCAUUGAGCAAUCCAGGAAAUGUUCUGCUUCAGGAAAAAUGUGACCAUCAACAUCAGAAUGACUGCUCCAAAUGUUUACUGUUAACAAAUGCAAGAUCUCAGCUUGAAGAUGAAAUUCAGAAAAUACAAUGCAAUGAAACCAGAGUUGAAUUUCAAGAUUCAGUUAUUAAAGAUUUUGAAAAAAUCUUUGAAUGGAAAGCACAUGUUUUAAGGACUAACAACCAGGAAGAAUGUCGUCUUCAUCUUCUUGAGGAUCUGGCAUCUAACCAGACAUUGAUUGUUAUGGACUGGGCCAUGAAGUUUUUGCCUGCCUUGUUUAGGGAAAAGCAAUCAGAUUUUUUCGGCCAGAAGGGCAUGAGCUGGCAUGUUACAGCUGCCAUUUUCAAAGCUGAAGAUGGAUCAUUAAAGCAUAGAACUUUCACUCAUCUGUUUGGUACAGUAAAGCAAGACUGGUUUGCGGUGGCCUCUGCUUUAGAGCAUACUUUGAACACAAUUAAAGAACAGAUGCCACAGAUCCAGGAGGUUUUUCUACGUUCAGAUAAUGCUGGUUGUUACCAUUGCGGAUGUUUGUGGUUGAGUUUAAAUGGUAUUAGUGAACGAACAGGUAUUACAGUGGUUCGUUAUGACUACAGUGAAGCCCAAGCAGGAAAAAGUAUUUGUGAUGCUAAGAUAGCACACAUGCGCUCUAAAAUGAGAAUGUAUGUAUCCUCAGGGAAAAAUAUCACUACUCCAUUUGAUAUGCAGGAUGCUAUUAUGGGAGGAACUGGAGUGGCAGGAUGUCAGUGUGCUGUUGUGGAAGUAGACACAACAAAACAAACCAUGAUUGGUCACCGCAUUAAAGGAAUUUCGAACAUCAGCAAUAUAUCUUUUGAUGGAGAUGAGAUCAUUACAUGGCAAGCAUACAAUAUUGGUAUAGGCAACAAAUUUAAGAGAGGUUCUGUCCUAAAAUCUGAACAGAAUGAAACAGGAUUGAAAAUUGUUUCCAAUUUCCAGGAGCCACAUCAAAUGACUGGAAAUAUCACAAGGAAGGAAAGGAGAAUUUCAACUAAUGAUGAUGCACUAAAUGAAGAUCAGUCAGAUGAAUUGUUCUAUUGUACAGUACUUGGUUGCACUGGUCAGUUCUCAUCCUACCAAUCUCUGCAGGAUCAUAUAAACCUAUCACGUCAUUCAAAUGAAAAGAUGUCAACAUAUGAUAAGAUUAGGCAUCGCUGGGUUGCGAACUGUCAAGCAAAUCUAUUAACAUCUAAGGAAAUGCUGAGACCAACUAACUGUUCAGGUGACCUACAAACUAAUUCAGAAGAAACUGAAACACCUACUGAGUAUGGUUGGGCUUUGAAAAAAGAGCGAAAAUGUGUGCGCUUCAGUAAAAAGGUAAAAGAGUAUUUACAAAAUAGAUUCCAAGAAGGUGAAAAAUCUGGCAGAAAGGCAAAUGCAUCAGAUAUUUCUAAAGAUAUGAAAUCAUUACGUAAAGAGAAUGGGGAAAAGUUUUUCAACAGUGAUGAUUGGUUGCAACCAUCCCAGAUUGCCUCUUAUUUUGCACGCCUGUCUAUCUUUGGAAGAAAGGAUAUUGAGAACAAUACAGAGAUUGAUGAAGAUCUGAAUUCUGUCAUUCAUGCUAUAGAAGAACAGGAUGUUAGGAACCUUAUUGCAGCAACAAUUACAGAAUAG